UCUCUCAGCCUCGGCCUCCCUGGUCUCCCUGUCCUGGAUGGUGGCCUCGUAUCAGAAGGUUCUGCGGGACUCGCGGGACGAUAAGCUGCCGAUGAGCUACAAGGCGGUGCUGGUGCAGAUCCUGUGGCACCUCUUCACCAUCGGAGCCCGCACGCUGGCCUUCGCUCUGUUCGCCUCCGUGUUCCCGCUCUACUUCGGCGUCUUCGUGGUGGCGCACUGGUGCGUCAUGACCUUCUGGAUCAUCCAGGGCGAGACGGACUUCUGCAUGUCCAAGUGGGAGGAGAUCAUCUACAACAUGAUGGUGGGCAUCGUCUACAUCUUCUGCUGGUUCAGCGUGAGGGAGGGCCGCACCCGCUGCCGGCUGCUGAUCUACAGCCUGACGGUUCUGCUGGAGAACGUGUUCCUCACCGCCGCCUGGUACCUUCACCGAGGCCCCUCUUCCUCGGAAUCCUACGCCGUCGCCAUGGUGUGCGUCGUGUCCAGCAGCUACGCUUUGGGCAGCUUCUUCAUGUGUGUUUAUUACUGCCUGCUGCACCCCGACGGGCCCGUGUCGGGGUGGCGGCCAGUCGUUGAGAAGGAGGAUUUGCCCGUGGAGUUGCUAGCUUCCCCGGCGGUUAGCCUCCCGCCGGAUGUGGUUAGCAGCCCCCCCAGAACCCUGCAGAGGACUAAAGGGCCGGAUUAUUCGGGGGUGGACGGAGACGUGUUUCAGGUUCGGCCUCAGCGGGGGGUCCAGGCUCCUGUUCCCAGUCUCUCCCCGCGCACAGAGGGGCCCGUGAUCCGGAUAGAUCUGCCCAGGAAGAAGUACCCGGCCUGGGACGCUCACUUCAUCGACCGCCGGCUGCGUAAAACCAUCCUCGUGCUGGAGAGCGCGGCGCCCGUCACGCCCCGGAUCCAGUACCGCUGCCUGGCCACGCCCAAAGAGGUGAUGGAGUACGAGACCACGGUGUGACGCCUUCAAUGAGAUCAGACUCAACUCAACGCCGCCGUGUGGAAUAAAGACUCUCGCCGCGUUUCUCUCUGAGACAAACGGGCGGAGGAAGCGACGGAGUGUGGUGUCCCUUUUUAUUGUUUUUUUUUACAGAAGCAAAGUGCUGUGUGGUGUUUGAUGAUGGUGAUGGUGCAUAUUCCUGGUUACUGUAUCAGUUCUCAGGUCAGGAAGUGGUACAGGAAGUGGUACAGGAGGUGGUACAGGAAGUGGUACAGGAGGGGGUA